CACCACCACUCUCCCCGGCGCGCCAUGCCACCACUGCCCUCCGCUUCUUCCUCCUCGCCCACCUGAGCUGAAUCGACCACGCGCAAGGUACUCCCUCCUCUCUCGCCUCAACUUCCUCCUUAAUAAUCUUUGGGGGUACGUUCUCCGUCCGUCCGAGGCACCAGAUCGACCAAUCUGUGCGUGGAUCGAUGGGUUCGUCAUCAGUCGGCGCGCGGAUCUCGAACCCGUGGAACCUAUGUGAGCGGCAAUUUGAUGAUGAUGCCGAUGCUUUAACCAGUUCCUUCCCUUGUCUGCUGCUACUCUUUUAGCUCCGCCCGCCGCCGCCGCCAAAAAAACAACCAUCCUUUCAAGAGAAGGACAAGGAUUGUUCUGCUCUGUUCUGUUCUGUUCUGUGUCAUCCUCACAGCGAUACAGAUAGUGUUGGCGCGACUCCAUUUUCUUCUUUCCAAUCUGAUUGGUUUGCUGUGCACGCCGAGGUUCGGUCCAUCUCACGGCCGGCUAUGCGCGCACCUCCCUCCUCUCCUCCAGCAAAUCUCGUCGGCAGCCACCAUACCACUACACUACCUGAUGGAGCAGCAGCCGCCGUCGCCGCCGCGCGCACACGCACAGGCCCCGCCGCUGUGCUGGGACAAGUUCCUGCACAAGAAGACCAUCAGGGUCCUGCUCGUCGAGACCGAUGACUCCACCAGGCAGGUCGUCGCCGCCCUGCUCCGCACCUGCAUGUACCAAGUUAUCCCUGCCGAGAAUGCCCAGCAAGCGUGGUCGUAUCUUCAGGACGCGCAGAGCAACAUCGACCUCGUUCUCACCGAGAUCGUGUCUUGCCCCUCUGGAAACUCGCUGCUCGAGAAGAUCAUGUCACACAGCGUCUGCAAGAACAUCCCGGUCAUCAUGAUGUCUUCCGAAGACUACAUGGGCACGGUCUUCGAGUGCCUGUCAAAGGGUGCCGCUGACUUCUUAGUCAAGCCGGUCCGUAAGAACGAGCUUAAGAACCUUUGGCAGCAUGUGUGGAGACGGUGCCACAGCUCCAGUGGCAGCGGAAGUGGAGGCGGAACUAGUGAUGUCCAGACGCAGAAGUGUACCAAAUUAAAGAGUGCCGAUGAAUCCAAUGACAAUAGUGGCAGCAAUGAUCGCAACGGUGAUACGAGCCUGGGGCUUAACGCAAGGGAUGGCAGCGACAAUGGCAGCGGCACUCAAGCGCAAAGCUCUUGGACAAAACGUGCUGUGGAGAUUGACAGUCCACAGGAUAUGUCUCCAGAUCAGUCGGCUGAUCCCCUUGACAGCAAUAGAUGGUUACCAGAUGAGUUCAAAGGGAAGGAGUUGGAAAUAGGUGCCCCUAGUAAAUUGAACACAGAAGAUCAAUCUUCCCCGAACGGGAGUUCCAUCAAACCAACAGAUAGACGGUGUGAGUAUCCACCACAGAACAACUCCAACGGUACAAUUAUGGAAAAUUUGGAGGAGCCAAUUGUUCGAGCUGCUGACCUAAUUGGUUCAAUGGCCAAAAACAUGGACGCCCAAGAGGCAGCAAGAGCCAAAGAUGCUCCUAAUUGCUCCUCCAAAAUGCCAGAAGGGAAAGAGACAGGCCGUGACGACAUUAUGCCGUCGCUUGAGUUGAGUUUGAAGAGAGCGAGAUCAAGUGGAGAUGCUACAGAUGCAAUCCAAGAGGAAGAGAGGAACGUCUUCAGACGAUCAGACGUGUCGGCAUUCACGAGGUACAAUACGUGUGCGGUUCCCAAUCAAGGCGGAGCAGGGUUCGCGGGGAGCUGUUCGCCGGAUGGUAACAGCUCUGAGGCUGCGAAAACAGACGGUGCUCUCAACAUGAAGUCAAGCUUGGAUGCUGCUCUGACGAAGCAAGGUUCAAACGGCAGUAGCAACAACAACGACAUGGGUUCCACUACGAAGAGCGUGGUGACAAAGCCUGGUGGCACUAAGGUUUCACCUAUUAACGGUAAAACACACACGUCGGCAUUUCAUCGUGUGCAGCAGUGGACACCGGUAGCAGCCGCAGGUAAUGACAAGGCUGAUGAAGUGGGAAAGAAGAAUGCAGCAGGUGGGAAAGACAAGGCUGGUGAAGCAGAGAGCAAACACCCCUGUGCUGCGGUCCAUGAUGAGAAUGUCGGAUCAGGGGGAGUCCCUCAGUCCAAUGUUACUGAUCUUUCGGCUCCGGUUGAAGGUCAUGCUGCCAACUUCGGUAGCAACUCAGGCAGUAACAACAGUACUAACAAUGGGAGCACUGCUGCUACUGCCUCUGCUGUAAAUUUGGAGACUGGUGGCAUUGACAAAAGAAGCGGGCACGCCAUGUAUUUGAAACGGGAGCGUCGAAUGGCCGCCGUGAGCAAAUUCAGAGAGAAGAGGAAAGAGCGGAACUUCGGAAAGAAGGUGAGGUACCAAAGCAGGAAGAGGCUGGCCGAGCAGCGCCCACGGGUCCGUGGACAGUUUGUGAGGCAACAGCCCCCGCCGGCGGCGGUGGUGGAGAGAUAACCUCCGCCACACCUGGCUACCUACUAGUAAUAUAUUUAGACAUUUGAUUCUUGUCCUUGGCCAUGGAUCAUUUCGGAGCAUCUCUUGGAAGAAUAACAAGCUACUCCUGCCUGCCUGCGUACCGUACGUAGAUAGAAGCAUGCCGGUGGAGGAGCAUGUAUAGUAGUUGUAUCCGCCCGGAGUCGAUCAGGCAGGCUCUGGUAGCAACGCAUGUAGAAGCAAUUAACGAGUAUCUGAACCUGAACGGUAUGAGUGAGUAUUGUGCUGCACUCUUGUAAUCAGUUGGCUCUGGCAGCAAUGUAUGCAGCCAAGCCUUGUCAAGUGUCUAGUGUCAUCAAUCAACACAUAUUUAUGGUUUCUAAUUACCU